GAUGGGAAAGAUCAGGCGGCGGAGCCAAAGGAAGAGGACAGCCAGCCCACGAAGCUAAAGGAAGCAAAAGUUCAGGAGGGACUUGCAAGAAGCAUCGCUCCAAGCUGGUUUGGAAGUUUGGCAAACUCCAGUCGAAACACGCCUGGAGAAAUCACCUUGUUAGCUUCUGUCUUUGCUGAAAGGCCGCCAGUGGUCUUCUUUGACUAUGAUCCGCUUUCUAAAGCUGCUCCACGGGACUGCAGCAGGCUUCUUGGUGAAGAAGAAGUGCAAGCAUUGGGCAUUUCUUCUUUGCCGCAGAUGUUCUUCUGCUUGCAGACGACCCGGGAUGUCCACGAGUACAACGCGGUUGUCAACACCUUCAGGACCGCGGGCUUUGAACGAGUUAGCGUUGGGUCUCCGAAGUUCUCCAUCUAUUGGGGACCACAUCCUGCACCAGAGAUGCUCCGUGGCUUCAAUCCCUACCAGAAAGCGAACCAUUUCCCUGGCUCCUGGCAGUUGGGUCGAAAGGACCUUCUGGGCAAAAACAUCUACAGGAUGAAGCGUCAAUUUCCAAAGGAUUACAACAUCCUGCCAGCUGGCUUUACUUUGCCGGAGGAAAGCACGGCCUGGUCACAAGCCAGAGAGAAGAAUCCAAGCUCUUUGUGGAUUUGGAAGCCUAUCAACUUGAGCUGUGGCAAGGGUAUCCGUCUCUUCAGCAGUUCUAUACCCCCUGGAGUCGAGAAGAAAAUCACGCAGAGGGCUGGUAUCGUGCAACGGUACGUCGAUCGACCGCUGCUGAUCAACGGCUUCAAGUUCGAUCUCCGCCUUUAUGUGGUGGUGACCUCCUUCGAUCCCUUGAAGGUAUACAUUUAUCAAGAGGGCUUGGUGCGCCUCGCCACGCAAAAGUAUCAGUGCUCCGCAGACAGUUUAGAGGAACGAACGAUGCACUUGACGAACUACUCCAUCAACAAGCAUGCUGCGAGCUACAAGCAAAACCUGGACAAGAAGGAAGAUGACACGAAAUCCAAGGUUGAAGCAGCAGAAGCAGAUGCCCUUGAGGGUGAAAGUGAUGAGGCUAUCAGUGACCUGGGCGAUGACGCUAAUGAGGAGGAGACGCACGCCGUUGGUGACUCCUCCAAAUGGUCACUAAGGCAGCUGGAAGAACAUCUCACAGCACAAGGAGUGGAUUACCCGCUGCUGAUGUCACGCAUCGAGGAUGUGAUCAUCAAAACCCUCAUCGCAGCAGAGCCGCAGAUCGUGAACACCUGGCAUCAGGGAGCCAACUACUCCACCGCCAGCGCGACGGCCAUUCAGCAGGUGACUCCAAACCAAACCUGCUUCGAGAUCUACGGCUUUGAUGUAAUGGUGGAUGAGGAGCUACAGCCUUGGCUCCUAGAGGUGAAUGUCUUCCCGUCAUUUUCUUCGUCAUCACCCUACGACAAGCGCAUUAAGACCCAGCUCAUAGCUGAUGUGUUCACUUUGAUUGGGCUCAUGCCGUACGAUCAUGACACGGUUGAGAAGACGUGCAAGGAAGAGCUAGCCAAGCGACUUCAAGGUUCGUCCAGAAAUCUGGUGAUCAGUCGGUCCCACACAGUCUCAACAAUCAGGACUGCAACUUUCAAGAGCUUUGGAGAGGCGGAGUGGCGAUUGAUCCUGGAGACUUACGAGGAGAACAUGAGACGCGGGCAUUUCACCCGGAUCUUUCCCCGCGAGGGCAGCGGCUUCUACAAGCAGUUCUUCACCACACCCAGGUACUCCAACUUGGUCCUCGAUCGUUGGAUCCAACUGGGUGGAGAGAUUUCCAGUCCCUGUGAGCUUCAGAGCCGUGUAGUAAGUGCUGAAUCACCUGCACCGCAAAGCAUGGUGGUGGGAAAACAGAUUGCUAGGUCUGGCCUGCUGUUUUUUUGGCACAAUGAGAUUGUCCCGUGGCCGUGA